UGUGAGUUCCCUCCAACUGCUGUCACAUUUUCCACAGACCUGGAGCUGGACGACUUACUGCAGGAGUUCCAGGAUGUGGUGGAGGAGCUGAAGGCCCCGUCUCACAGCAGAGCGCAUGUGUACCAGCGGGUCCUGCAGGAGGCUAAAAGCCGCACAGGACUGGCAGAAGACAGCGGUGUUGAUGACUCGGACUACAGCAGCGAAGCUUCUUUGGGAAACAGUUUGAACACCAGUGAGGAGGAGCUUCACACGGCAGGCAUCACGCUGACACCGAAAGCCAAGCUGGGAGACACAAGUGAGCUGGAGAGUUUUAUCAACAUGUUGGACCAGGAACUUGCAGAGAUGUGAGCAGAGUCAGAAAAUGAGCCACGUAGACGAGGGGAGAAAGAGGCCGGGGGCAACACAGCCGAGCAGACAGGCAGAUCUACACCAGAGCGGAUCUGAGGGGAGAAAACACUCCCCUGGCUGCUGCAGGGGAAAAGGUUAACAUCAGAAAAUUAAAAGGGCACUCCAUUCCAAAAAUUGCAAGAACACCCUCAGACCCCUGGCAAGGCUGCGUCCAGCUUGCAAGGCGACGUCCCUGCAGCAUCGGAUCCAAGAUGUGUGACUGACUCCCUCAACUAGCAAAGCCUCCAUCUGUCCAAGAAGAGAAAGAAAACGCUGCCUGGAGAGUAGAAAGCACGUUCAUGCCACAUUUAAAUUCCCAUAAGAACUAUGCCAGUAAAAAGCCCUAAUUCCUCAGUGCCAUGUUUUUUUUAAAGGAGGCAGAUCUUUGUUUUGUUCCAAAUUGCAAAUGGCACUUUAGUUUCUAACUUAUUUCAAGUCCAAGGGCUUGAGAUCUGCUUAUGAGUUGACAUCUCUGGUGUACAGUUUUUUUAAUUUACUUUUUGUAAAGGUAAAUUGUUGUACAGAUGACUGCAAAUAUAAAUAAAGAAACAUUUUGAUAUAA